UAAUAUGUUUAAUAGCAAGGAGGUACAAGAUUAGCAGGCCUUAAAGCAAAAUAUCAGUAGCCACACAUAGCCAAUCGCAUAUUAAUCUACUAAUUCCAACCAUUAGUGAAAUUUUUGGUAUAAUCAAAUCCACCAAUAUUGGUUGCAAGUUGCAUUCUAGUUUCAGCUUGCCAACUAGAUAUCGUAUGGAUGAUGGAAGUUGCAGCAAUAGGGCAAACUCCACUUUCUCCUUUUAUUAUUGGAUCUCAACCUAAAGGGGAUUCAUGGCCAAAAGUUGAAUGAAAGCAAAUUAUCACUGGUUUUUUUGAAAAUAAUGAGUACAAGUUGGUCCAGCAGCCUCCAUGUCUUUAACUUUACUCUUACUCAAAUACCACUGAAUACUUGUCCGAAAUUAUGCAGAACCCAUUCCUCCCUCUAUAUUUACUCCUACAGCAAUUUUCAUUAGCCAUUUUUGAAUAGUAGGGAUCCUGAAAGCUUAUCACCUAAUACUGUUCAAUGAAAAUUCUUAGGGGAAAGCUUCCACUCUCCAUAAUGGCGAUAGUUGUAUGCAUAUUGGCAUUUGCUGUUUUAAUUUUCACAGAGGAUCUCUGGGCUAUCACUGGCACGUCAAUAUUUAAGUACAAAUCCUGUUCUAAAAAGGAUCCAGUGACAAAUUCUAGUAAGAUUGCAACAGAAGUGAAGGAGAAGCAGAAGGUCACUUCAUUUGACGAUGAUUUCAUUGACGAAGAUAAUAAUUAUUUUGACUCUGGUGAAAGAUGCAGCAUAGAGAAGGGGAAAUGGGUCUUUAAUACUUCAGCGGAGCUAUUUUAUACUGAUCAGAGCUGCCCAUACUUGGAUAAACAAAUAUCAUGCUUAAAAAACGGAAGGUCCGACAGCGACUACUUGUACUGGGAGUGGCAGCUUGAUGACUGCAUAUUGCCGAGGUUUAAUGCUGCAGCCCUGCUUGAGAAACUCAGAGGAAAAAGGUUAAUGUUUUCUGGGGACUCAUUGCAAAGAGAACAAUGGCAAUCCCUUGUCUGCAUGGUAGAGUCGCAUAUUCCAACAGAUAAGAAAAAGAUGAAGCGCGGUCGAACUCUGUCAGUGUUUAAGAUUGAGAAUUACAACGCUACAAUCGAGUUCUACUGGGCUCCUUACCUUGUAGAAUCCAAUUCUGACGAACCCAUCAUCCGUGAUACAAAGAAGAGAAUAUUAAGAGUGGAUUCAAUCGCCAAACAUGCUCAGCAUUGGGUUGGGGUGGACUACUUAGUCUUCAAUAGUUAUGUUUGGUGGACCAGUGACCCCAAAAUGAAGUCCUUGUGGGGAUCAUUUGCCAACGGAGAUGAAGGGUAUGAAGAGCUGGAUUCUGUAGUUGCUUUCAGGAUGGCGCUUAAGACAUGGGCCAAUUGGAUAGAUUCUAAUGUGAACCGAAGCAGCACAAGGGUCUUUUUCACCACAGCAUCCCCCACACACAUGAGGAGUGGAGAUUGGAAGCGACAGAAACCAACUAGAUGUUAUAAUGAGACAAGGCCAGUCACAGGAAGAGAAUACUGGGGAAGUGGCUCUAAUAAAAAAAUGAUGGAGGUGGUUUCAGGUGUAGUUUCGAGGAUGAAGUUUUCUGUCACCUUCAUCAAUAUAACACAGUUGACGGAUUAUAGGAAAGAUGGACAUGUAUCUGUUUAUACUGGAGAACUCUCAGACAAGCAGAAAGCUGAUCCGCAGACAUUCGCUGAUUGUAUUCACUGGUGCUUGCCUGGAGUCCCUGACACAUGGAACAAAAUACUGUACGCAUAUUUGUAAGAUGAAGCAAAGGCCAGUGCCAUAACUUGACUUGAUUCAAAAUCAAACUAGUUUUUUGUAUCAAAUUUGGGGAAAAAAAAAUGUUCAGCUAGAAGUAGUCUAUUUAUUAAUGAAUAAAUCAGGAAAAAUCAAGGACAUGUUCCCUUUCGAAAAAUAUGAAAAUCAGGUGCUUACAGUGAGU